AUGGUUCAGCAUAAGCAGCAUGAGCCAACGAUAAUGGAAAGCUCUGAAACAGAGUCCUUUACAUCAGAGAAACACCAUUUUGACAGUAAGAAAGAAGAAGUGACAGAAGAAGAUGACAUCUCGUUGGAUUCAUUGUUUGCUGAGUUGAAGAAAGAAGUAGGGAAUGAGUUGAAUAAGGAAAAUGAUAACUCACUGCUGAAUGUUCAUCUAGAAGAUUACAAAUCGAUUCGAAAAUCGAUUAGUAACUUACCUGAAAUACAGUCCAAAUGGGAGUCUCGUGUCGAGACUACGACGGCGGCAUCAUCUAGACCUAUAAGGAUAUACGAUCCAAUCGAGGCACGAACAGCAAAGGAUAAAAAUCGGUCUAAAGAAGCAACAGACGAAAGGUGGUUUCAUAUGAAGAGACCCGAACUCACGCCGGAGAUCCAGCGUGAUUUAUCAAUAAUCAAACAAAGACAAGCACUAGAUCCCAAGAGACAUUAUAAGCGUGAGAAAUGGCAAGUGCCUAAAUACUUUGAAAUGGGGACUAUUAUAGAAAGCAAUACUGGGUAUUAUAACAAAUUGACUCGACGCGAGAGAGGCACUAAUUUAGUUCAUGAGUUGUUGAAUGAUGAUAAUACAAAGAAAUAUUUCAAAAGAAAGUAUCACGAGAUUCAGGAUGCAAAGACCAGUGGACGUAAAGCUCAUUAUAAGAAAGUCAAGAGCCAGAGAAAGAAGUUUUAA